AUGCGUGGACACGGUGGAUUUAGAGCUGCACCCGGUCCGGUAAGAAUGAAUAUGGCUAUGCGUGCACCUGCCAUGAGAAUGGGAGGCCCAGGUCCAGCAAGAGUGGGACUGAGUACGGCUGGUCCAGGUCCAGUUAGAGUGGGCGGUGGCAUGCCAGCACCGGGCCCUGCCUUCGGCGGUCGUCCAGGUCCAGGUGGACCUCCGCCAAAUCCCGGCGCAACACGUCCGCCACCGCCAGCCGGACCCACACAUGUGAAUGUGAACGUCAAUUCAGCCCCACGACCCGUGGUGAACGAAGUAGUUGUAGUUGGUGGUGGAGCACCGGUGCUACCAGGUGCCGGUCUCAUGAUUGGUGCUUCACUGGUUACCGGAGCGGCGAUGGGUGCGAUGGCAGCAUCAGCCAUGUCUGGACCGAGAGUUGUGGCUGCACCAAUGCCACAGCAAUCAACUGUGAUUGUGAAUACGCCUGGGGUACAGCAGCAGCAGCAGCAGCCAACAUCGACAGUUGUGGUUAAUUCGGGUAAUUCGUCGCAGACAACAGCGCCUGCGGGCUCCAGUGUGGUUGUAAAUUCUGGUGCGGGCUUUGCAGCUGCACCAACGACAGUUGUGGUGGAGGGAGGCAAUCAAAGGCAGCAACCAGCGACGGUGAUCACCGAGACAGUGGUUAUACCGCCGAAGCCGAAUAGUUGCUGUUGUGUCAUUUUAUGA